AUGACACCUCUGAACAGCAUCUUCGAACGACAUGAAAAGAACAUCAUCAGGUCCGAGACGAUUGCCACGGAGUCCGAGUCGGAAACGGUGCAGAGUGUACAUGCCAACGUUUUAAUCACAUCGGAAGAGGCGUUCCCUAAUUCUGCAAUGACACAAGACAAUAGAGAGAGACCAAUGACGCUGGCAAGCAGAAAAGAUGACAAAUGCCAGUAUCUUUGGUUCCAGAAAUUUGGUAACGGUAUGUGGCGCUUUUGUAUCAAGAUCAAGGCUUUGUAUUCACUGCGGCUGGAUCUGAUCCGAAAACCCGGUUAA